AUGCCACCACAAAGCAGAGGGCCUGACCAACAGGUGCCGCAACUCAAACCUGCGCCAUCGCCAGCGGGCUUCCAAUCCAAGUCAACUCCAAACCUACCAACUCUGCGAGCCUUCCACAAGUCCAAAGCGACGAAUGAAGAUGGCACCGCUACUACACUACACGAUGGACCAGCAUCGCCCGAGAUCGUGACGUCUCCCUCCGAGUCAGCAUCAAUCGACGACUUCUCUCUCGACGCCGACGCUCCUCGAUCUCUGGCAGACUCCGACUCGGAAUCAUCCUCUUCCACCUCCAUCCAUGCGGCCUCCCUCCCACCAACACGCCCGCUGUCCCUUCGUCAGCGCUCCUACGGCCACCACAGUCUAGCUCCUCAAGCGUUCGCUCCACCCUUCUAUGGCCGACCGCCGACUCCUCUCCCACCAUCUCCAUCCCUCACCUCACUCCUCCGCCCGACCUUCAGCAGCAACUACAACUCUCGCCCUACCACACCCGACCCUUCUAGCGAUGAAGGCGGCACCAGCACUCCAGCCACCCACAGCCAUCAGCCUAGCACCGCGACAGGCAGCCAGACACCCAGUUCAAGCCUGACCAACACCUUUCGCACCGCGACCAAACCCAUCCCCCGAGCAUCGCCCAAAGUUCCGACCUACGAGUACUACGGCUUCACGCUCUACCUCACCUCAUCACUCGUCUUCAUCGUAUAUCUGCUAUGGAGCUUUCUACCAAGUCCAUUCUUGCAUCAGUUGGGAAUCUACUACUACCCAAACCGCUGGUGGGCACUGGCGAUCCCAGCAUGGACAGUAAUGUUCGGGCUGUACAUAUACGUGGCAUUGGCGAGCUACAACACGGGGUAUCUGACAGUGCCGAUGCAUGCGGUCGAAAGUCUGGUGGACGAGGCAGCUCACGUGGCGGUGGUGGACGGGAAAGGGCAGUUGGUGUUUCAGGAGAAGAAAAGUUGGCAGAAGGAGGGCGGGAAGAAGGAUGGUGGAAAGGGUACGAGGAAGAAGGGAGGCAGGAGUAGGCAGGGAAGUUUGAACAUGGAGCACUCUGCGGUUGACACGAGCCAGCUGGACUGGCGGACGUUAUGGAACGAGGGGACGGACGCUGUGAUGGAUAUACCCAUUGGUGGAGUGUGUGAGAUCCUAUAUGGGCAGCACGACGACAGCGACGACGAGGACCACGAUGUGAAGGGUAAUGCUCACGAUAGAUGA